ACUCAGUCUCACCUUGUGAUGUAAAACCACGACCAGCGGUUGCCGCGUGGACUCUCUCUCUCUCUCUCUCUCUCUUUCUCUUUCUCUCUUCGUUUCUUCGUAGUUUCCUCCGAACUCGAAACCCCUUCUCUGUAAUUGCUGGAUUCUCUGCAGAAACCCUAACCAAAUUCGACCUUGUCUCGUUUCAUUUCGGAGCUGCUUACUUCAAUUUCAAAGAAGAUCGGUAUAGUUCCGAUUUGUAGCAGGCGAAUCGAAUCGAAUCGGAUCAUCGACCAUGUUUUCUCGGAUUUUCGGCAAACCCAAGCAAGAGACUAAUGCUCUUGCCACUAUAGACAAGUUAAACGAGACGCUUGAAAUGCUUGAAAAGAAGGAGAAAGUACUCCAGAAGAAGGCUUCUGCAGAAGUUGAAAAGGCCAAAGAAUUCACCAAGGCAAAGAACAAGAGAGCGGCUAUACAAUGUUUGAAGAGGAAGAGGCUCUAUGAACAGCAAAUAGAGCAGCUUGGAAAUUUCCAAUUACGCAUCCAUGACCAGAUGAUAUUGUUAGAAGGUGCAAAAGCUACAACAGAGACUGUGGAUGCAUUGAGAACUGGUGCAUCCGCAAUGAAAUCAAUGCAAAAGGCAACGAAUAUUGAUGAUGUGGACAAGACUAUGGAUGAAAUAAAUGAGCAGACAGAAAACAUGAAACAGAUACAGGAAGCAUUGGCCGCACCCAUUGGCGCAGCAGCCGAUUUUGAUGAGGAUGAAUUGGAGGCAGAACUCGAAGAACUGGAAGGUGCUGAGUUGGAGGAGCAGCUCCUGCAACCUGCAACAACAGCUCCGGCAGCACCGGUACAAGUACCAGCAGGCAGGCAACCAGUCCGUGCUCCCCCUCGGAAGCCCACAGCUGAGGAAGAUGAACUUGCUGCAUUACAGGCAGAAAUGGCUCUUUGAGCAGGUUGUUUUUCUUCUUAUUUGUAAUUUGGUCUCCCAUUGUGCUGUGUGGCAUCCAAAGCUCCCACCUUUAUAUAUUGAUGUAGUAUUGUUGAAGCCUAUAAUAUAUCAAUUGACCAAGUCUAGGGCUGUGAACCACCGGUCUGGAACCUCUCCAGCUAGAGCUUUACGCUACAGUUAUGUUCAGUGUCUAUUAUGAGGCCAUCUGCUUUAAAUAUAAUCUUCCACUAGAAAAAAGAAAAAAAAAAACCGUUUAAACUUGUAACAACACUGUAUUUUAGUAGUUGGCAUUAUUAUAUUACAAUUUGCCGGUAUUUAGUGAAGAGAUUAUGUAACAAAUUGUGAUGUAUAUUGCUGCUGCUUUCAACCU